UCGGUCGUCGUCGCGCUCGGCAGGCAGUUCGUUUGCUCGUUUCUGACAAUAGAGUUCCUACAGUUCGGUGGUCGAGUGGCUUCCGCUUGGGUGUUAAUCCCUAACUGGUCCUCGGCGCAACAACGCAACAAGUAAAGACGUCGUAAAAAAAAAAUAAACUCAAUUCCGGCUUCUCCUCCUCCUCGGCGUUCAAGAUGAGCAAUUGAAACGAAACCAAUUAGAAGUGAUACUUCAUAGAGGCAAAGCAGACGGAUAUCUCUGAGCAAAUGGGCCGCCCAUUAUGUGCUUAGGAUCGUUGGACGGAAAGUGCUGCUGACAGAGUUCAAUGGGUAGAAGACAAACAAACUGGGUCCGGAGGAAGGGCCGUGGGCAGCCAAAGACAGCCCUAACGUGCUUGUCAAUCGGCUUUCUAUUCCGUUUUCUCUUUGUCUACCACUUGUUGCUCGCCCCGCUUUGUGGCCCGCAUUGCGUAUACGCCAUGCUGGCUGCCGAGGGGCCCAGCGACGGAAGUAACUGUCACGACAUCCACCACGGCUUCGAUGUACCCAGCAGUCUCAAUGCAGUGACAGAGGCUCAGGGAGGAGACGCACCUAUGGCCGUGACAUUGACGCCUGCCCCCUCCGGCUGGAAGUGCUGCUGCUGGAAAGCACCCAAUCAAGGCGAGGAGGUCGAGUGUCGUUGCGAGGGCGAUGCGCUCACCCGAGUGCCACAAACGCUGCAGUUGCCCAUCCAGAGAUUGACCAUUGCGUCGGCGGGACUGCCUCGCCUUCGCUUCACAGGAUUGAAGGUCUAUGGGCCCACAUUGCUGGAUGUGGCCUUCACCGACUGUCUGAAGCUCGAACUGAUACAGGACGGCGCUUUUGCUAAUUUAACGCUGCUGCGCACAAUCUACAUCAGCAAUGCACCCAAGCUGACCUUUCUGUCGAAGGACGUCUUUGCCGGCAUUUCGGAAACCGUGGAAAUAAUACGCAUCAUAAACAGCGGACUAACCAGUGUCCCGGACCUGGGCCACCUGCCGCCGCAUAAUAUUCUGCAAAUGAUAGAUCUCGAUAAUAAUCAAAUCACUCGAAUAGAUACUAAAUCCAUAAACGUAAAGACUGCCCAAUUUAUUUUGGCAAACAAUGACAUAAGCUACGUUGAUGAUUCAGCCUUCUUUGGCUCGAAGAUAGCCAAACUCUCCUUGAAGGAUAAUCGAAAGCUCACAGAUAUGCAUCCAAAUGCCUUCAAUGGCAUUAUAGAUAUAGCUGAACUCGAUCUCUCCAGCACCUCGCUUGUUGGCCUGCCUUCAGUGGGUCUUCAGACCAUCGAAGCUUUGUACAUAAUGAACACUCACACCCUUAAGACCAUUCCUUCUAUAUACAACUUCAGGAAUCUACAGCGUGCCUAUCUCACGCACUCCUUCCACUGCUGCGCCUUCCAGUUCCCAUCCCGGCACGAUCCCCGGCGACAUGCCCAGCGGAUGCUGGAGAUUGAGAAAUGGCGGGAGCAGUGCAACAAAGGCAGCCGCAAGGAGAGGUCCCUUCUGGAUAACUUUGAAGCUCAGCCGGAGGAUUUUGGAAGUUUCGGUAGCACCGAACCUUCGGUGACAGAGAUAACCCCCUAUCCCUACGCUUCCGUUGAUUAUAUGGCCGAUUCCACCAAUCUGGGCUACUUUCAUGAACAGAUCACCAUUAAUCCAGAUGAUGACCAGUCAGCUGAGUUUUGUGGCAACUUUACAUUCAGAAAACCAAAUAUUGAAUGUUAUCCCAUGCCCAAUGAUUUGAAUCCCUGCGAAGACGUCAUGGGUUACCAAUGGCUACGCAUUUCCGUGUGGAUAGUAGUUGCUCUGGCUGUGGUGGGCAACGUGGCAGUGUUGACAGUCAUUCUAUCGAUAAGACCCGAGUCGACGCCAGUACCUCGCUUUCUCAUGUGCCAUUUGGCCUUUGCUGACCUUUGCCUGGGCGUGUAUCUGCUGCUGGUGGCCUCCAUCGAUGCACAUUCCAUGGGGGAGUACUUCAACUAUGCCUACGACUGGCAAUACGGUCUGGGGUGCAAAGCUGCUGGAUUCCUCACUGUGUUUGCAAGUCAUCUGUCGGUAUUCACGCUGACUGUGAUUACCAUCGAACGCUGGCUGGCGAUUACGCAGGCCAUGUAUCUAAACCAUCGUAUUAAGUUGCGACAGGCGGCGCUCAUCAUGCUUGGGGGCUGGCUUUACUCCAUGUUCAUGUCCUCGCUGCCGCUUUUUGGUAUCAGCAAUUAUUCCUCGACCAGCAUCUGCUUGCCGAUGGAGAACCGAGACGCAUUCGACACCAUGUAUCUGAUUGCCAUUCUGGGCUGCAAUGGGGUGGCCUUUUCCAUCAUAGCUGUGUGCUAUGCCCAGAUUUAUCUCUCGCUCGGCCGGGAGACGCGUCAGGCACGUCAGAACAAUCCGGGCGAGCUGAGUGUGGCCAAGAAGAUGGCGCUUUUGGUAUUUACCAACUUUGCCUGCUGGUCUCCCAUUGCAUUCUUUGGACUCACCGCCCUGGCUGGCUUUCCCUUGAUAAACGUGACAAAGUCCAAAAUAUUACUUGUAUUCUUUUAUCCGUUGAACUCGUGUGCGGAUCCCUACUUGUAUGCCAUACUGACGUCCCAGUAUCGCCAGGACUUGUUUACCUUGUUGUCGAAAAUUGGUCUGUGCCGGCAAAAUGCUUUGAAUUACAAGCACAGCUCCUCGGCUCAGGCCACCACCCGCUUCACCAUCCAUCGGCACAGCUCCCUCACCUGCAAGAUGCAGACAGGCAUAAGCGUCGAGGCGCAGAAAAUGCUGAAGAAUGGCGAGGACUAUGUUUAAGAACGGAAGCUUGGGUAUUCCAAAUACACCUCCUUCCUCCCUGUUGUGAUAUAUACUUGUGUAUACUAUUGGCGUACGCUCUCUCUUUCCAUCCCCUUCUUACGUUAACUGUUCCAGUAUUGUUAGCAUCCCUAAUUGAUGAUAUUUUAAUGAUAUAUGUAAGUUUGUUAGUCAUUUUGUGUUAUUUAUAUCUAAGGAGAGUUAAGAACUAUAAUUCUUUGAUUGCAAAUCGGUAAUAUCUACAAAUUCGUGUAGUUAAGCAAACUAUAAAUGUCAAGCCUGCAAAUAAUACCUAUAUUUCUCAGAUUUCAAAUCUAGAGUCCAGUUUGUAAAUGUUUAGAUGUGAGAUAAAUGUAUAAGUGCCCAGUAUUCGGUAUAUGAUAUUGAUGGAU